AUGGGGCCCUGGGGAGAGCCAGAGUUCCUGGUGUGGCGCCCAGAGGCAGUGGCCUCACAGCCUCCAGUACCUGUCGGGCUGGAGGUGAAGUUGGGAGCUCUGGUGCUGCUGCUAGUGCUCACCCUCAUCUGCAGUCUAGUGCCCAUCUGUGUGUUGCGCCGUUCAGGGGCUAACCAUGAAGCCUCAGCCUCCCGACAGAAAGCCUUGAGCCUUGUAAGCUGCUUCGCAGGAGGUGUCUUUCUUGCUACCUGUCUCUUGGACCUGCUGCCUGAUUACCUGGCUGCCAUAGAUGAGGCCCUUGGGGCCCUGCAUGUGACGCUCCAGUUUCCACUUCAAGAGUUCAUCUUGGCCAUGGGCUUCUUUCUGGUCCUGGUGAUGGAACAGAUCACACUGGCUUACAAGGAGCAGUCAGGGCCCCCACCUCGAGAGGAAACCAGAGCUCUGCUGGGAACAGUGAAUGGUGGGCCACAACACUGGCAUGAUGGGUCAGGGGUCCCACAGGCCAGUGGAGUCUCAGCAGCUCCCUCAGCCCUUCGUGCCUGUGUCCUGGUCUUCUCCUUGGCUCUACACUCAGUAUUUGAAGGGCUGGCUGUGGGGCUACAGCGUGACCGGGCUCGAGCCAUGGAGCUUUGCUUUGCUCUGCUGCUCCACAAAGGUAUCCUGGCAGUUAGCCUGUCUCUCCGGCUGCUCCAGAGCCACCUGCGAGCACAGGUGGUGGCUGGCUGUGGGGUUCUCUUCUCAUGUAUGACACCUCUGGGCAUUGGGCUGGGUGCAGCCCUGGCAGAGUCUGCUGGGCCACUGCACCAGCUAGCCCAGUCUGUGCUGGAGGGCAUGGCAGCUGGAACCUUCCUCUAUAUCACCUUUCUGGAGAUCCUGCCCCAGGAGUUGGCCACUUCUGAACAAAGGAUCCUCAAGGUCAUUCUGCUGCUAGCAGGCUUUGCCCUGCUCACAGGGUUGCUCUUCAUCCAAAUCUAG